AAACAGGGAGGUAACAGAAGAAGGAUCGGAACAGGCUGGGAAACAGCUGGACUGAGGAUAAACAUGAAAACAGGCACAACUGUGAUAUGCAUAAAAUUAUAGUAACUUUAUCUUAAUUCUCUAAGUGAAUUUGGCAGUCUGUUUAUUUUACUUUAUUUUUUAUCAUUGUGUGGUGUAAAAAUAUUUGCACAACACAGCUAUGUCACGAGCAGAAUGUAUAGAUUUGGUAUCAGGUCUUUCUUUGAAAUCUUAUUUGCAGGUCUCAAGGGACAUUAUUUGGAUGCAUUGAGAACCAGAGAGACAUUUUACAAAGUUGUUGAAUAACCAUGUUCUCGUUGUUGAACUUAAUCAAACAGUAACAUGUGCCUCUUUGCUCUAGAGUGUAAGCACUGGCAGUAACACUUUGUUCAGUUAGUUUGGGCUCGAAAUGGUGCGCUUUGAUGACAUCCUGGUGGAAGUGGGACCUUUCGGACGGGCCCAGAAGCGGAUCUUCUUUCUUCUGUGCCUGGUGUCUCUGUCCAUGGCCUGGAUCUAUGUGGGGAUAGUGUUCCAGGGCUUCACUCCUCCUCACUGGUGCCGGCAGCCUGCGGUGCAGGAGCAGAGGCAGGCCUGUGGAUGGACUCUUCAGGACAGUGUCAAGAUGAGCGUGCCUCUGGUGAAUGUAUCGGGGAAGCUCCAGCCCAGCUCCUGUCUGCAGUACGACGUGGAGCUGAACCAGAGUGCUCUGAGCUGUGAGCAGAGCCAGGACCUGGACCUGAGGGGAGCUUCUCUCACCCACUGCAAGAAUGGCUGGGAGUACAAUUAUGAAGGCAGGAAGUCUUUUGUCACAGAGUUUGAUCUGGUGUGUUCAGACGGAUGGAUGGUGGACAUGUACCAGUCCACACUCAAUGGUGGCUUCCUCAUCGGCAGCUUUGUUUUUGGAUACAUUGCUGACAGGUUUGGGCGAAGGCUUUGUUUCCUCUUGUGCAAUAUUGUCAGCAUGAUUUGUGGCAUAGCUAUUGCUCUGGUUCCUAACUUCCUGACUGUCCUCGUGCUCCGGGCUGUUCUUGGACUGGGGUGCAAAGGCAGCUGGAUGACCUGCUAUGUCCUGUUGACAGAGAUGGUGGGUUUGGAGUAUAGGCGUCUGGUGGGAAUCCUAUACCAGAUGGUGAUCAGCGGGGGCAUCGUCGCCAUGGUGCUGCUGGCCUAUUACAUCCCGGACUGGCGCUGGCUUCAGGUUGUCUGCUCGGCCCCGAACCUCCUCUUUCUCUCCUACUACUGGUUCGUCCCUGAAUCUCCACGCUGGCUUCUCUCUCAGAACAAAACAUCAGAAGCUCUGAAGAUCACCAAAAAAAUUGCAGAAGAAAAUAAGCAAAAUCUUUCAGUGAAGAACAUAGAGUCCUUCGAGGCACUGACGGAUGAACCUGGAGACUCUCCCUCUGCAUCGCUCCUGGACCUGUUCAGAACUCCCAAUAUGAGGAAGCACACAUUUAUUCUUAUGUUCAAUUGGUUCUGUAGUGCCUUGGUGUACCAGGGCCUGAUCAUGAGGGUGGGCAUCACAGAGGGAAAUGUGUACAUAGACUUCCUGAUCUCAGGUCUGGUGGAAUUCCCCGCGGCCUUCCUCAUCCUCUUCACCAUCGAGAGGAUCGGCCGAAGACUCCCAUUCGCUGCAGCUUACUUUGUGGCAGGAGCAUCCUGUUUUAUCACUGCCUGUAUACCUGAUAGUGUGUCCUGGCUCAAAACAACAGUGGCCUGCAUUGGUCGACUUGGUAUCACCAUGGCCUUUGAAAUGGUGGUCUUUGUCAACUCUGAGCUUUACCCCACAUAUGUGAGAAACUUUGGCGUGUCUGUCUGCUCCUCUUUAUGUGACGUGGGGGGCAUUCUAUCUCCGUUCAUCCUGUACAGACUCAAUGCUGUGUGGCUUGAGCUGCCUCUCAUCAUCUUUGGAGCCAUAGCGGUCAUAGCUGGAGGUCUGGUUUUGUUUCUGCCCGAGACUAAAGGCAUUCCUUUGCCGGAAACUAUUGAUGACAUAGAAUUCCCAAAAAAAAAAGACAAUCUUCAAAUGAACUUGCUGAAACAAGUUGCAACAGACACAAUGGAGCAGAUGUGUGAGGAGUCUUUUUCUAACUCUGAGCUUAAUAAAUGAUGCUUUCAUGGGAAAUCUUUCACUGUAUACUGUGCUAAAUGUAAAAUUUCAACUCUAAAGACAAGUCUAUACAUGUACUAUUAUGUUCAAAUAGUAUUACUUACAGUGAAGCAGCAGUUCUUCAUCUACUAAAGUAAAAAAUAGUACUUCUGUGUUUUUUUUUCUAAUACCACCACAGUUUAUUUGGUUGAGUAACAUAAACAAAUACUUUUAUAAAACAGC